AUGGCAUGUCAGGGUAAUCAAAGAAUCAUCAAUCUGCAAUAUCCAUCGAACACAUCCAAAAAACACAAACAAGAAGAAGUUUUAGCGGUAAAAGAAGAUCUUGAAACAUUCUCCUUAUUAUGGCUUGAUGCCUAUGUUAAUACUGCCGACAAUCGAGAAGUACAGCAAAAAUUACGCACAGUAAUUAACUGUAUAAAAACAUUCGAUUCUGUCGGGCCAUGUCAAGAAUAUUUAGAACGUCAAGAUGAAAAUGAAAAGAUUCUGUUGAUUGUUAGUGGCAGUUACGGUAGGCAAAUUGUAUCCAAAAUACAUAAUCUAAAACAAGUCACUGCUAUUUACGUUUAUUGUAUGAAUAUAAUCAGUCAUUUAAAAUGGACACGACAAUUUAAUAAAGUCAUGAUGAUAACAACAAGUUCGACUGAAUUAAUUGAAAAAUUAUCGCUCGAUCAAAGGCAACGGGACAAAAUAGAAGACUUAACUAUGAUACCCAUCUCAAUAUCUCACCAACGUAAAUCGACAUCAAAUUUUAAUGGUGAUUUCAUGUGGUCACAACUAUUUUUGGAAGUUUUAUUACGAGUGAAACAAACGCCCGAUGAUCGACAAGUGCUAAUUCAAUUUUGUAAAGAAAUCUAUGUUGAUAACGAUAUACAAACAAAAAUUAUUGAUGAAUUUGAACGAACCUAUUGUCCUGAGAAAGCUCUUUGGUGGUAUACACGUAAUACAUUUUUAUUUAAAAUGUUAAAUAAUGCUUUACGAACAAAUAAUAUUGAAACACUCUUUUUAUUUCGAUUUUUUAUUGAAGAUUUAUAUAAUCAAUUAAAAAAUUUACAUCAAAAUCAGUGUCAUCAAUCACAACUGACGAAAGUUUAUCGUGUUCAAUUAUUAUCAGUUGAAGAAAUAAAUAUGGUUCAAUCAUCAAUAGGAAAUUAUUUUUCAAUAAAUAAAUUUUUAUUAACAAGUACAAAUGGAAAUUUAUCAUCAUCAUUAUCAUCAUUUAUUACAAAUUGUGAUAAUAAUACAUUACAACCAGUUAUAUUUGAAAUUAAUAUUGAUCAGUCGUCUAAUAUUGAAUGUAAACCAUUUGCUAAUAUAAGUAAAUUAAGUUAUUUUAAAGAUGAAAAUGAAAUAUUAUUUUCAAUUGGUACUAUAUUUCAAAUAGAGAAUGUUCAAUGUAAUGAACAAGAUAUUUGGAUAAUUAAUCUUAAUUUAUGUGAUGAAAAUAAUGAUUCUAAAUUAAAAAUCCUACUUAAUCAAAUUCGUCAAGAAUCAGAUCUUGUUUCAUUUGAUAAAAUGGAUCAUUAUGAUAAAGCUGAAAAAUAUUUUAAAUAUUUAUUAAAAAAUGAUAAUUCUCAACAACAUCUAUGGUGUUAUCAAAGUCUUGGAAAUAUUGCACAUAAUAAAGAUAAUUAUAAUAUGGCCAUUUAUUAUUAUGAAAAAGCAUUAGAAAUUGCUAAAAAAUUAUCUUUAAAUGAUAAAUAUUUAUCAAAAUGUUAUUAUAAUCUUGGUAUUGUCUAUUCAGCUAAAGGAGAUAUUGAUAAAGCAAUGGAAUUUUAUAAAAAUUCUUAUUUUAAUAAUGAAAAACAUAUUUCAUCUACAUCAAAAUCAUUAUUAAUUACUCGUUAUUAUAAUAAUUCAUCAUUAUUAACACGUGAUUCUGCCUUAUUUUUAUGGUAUCAAUUAUUAACAAAAUUAAUGAAAGAAUCAUUUACAAUAAAAUUAUUUAAAUAUGAAAAAAAAAAUUGUAAACAAAAUUCAUUUCUAUUUCGUUUAAUAAAUAAAGCAAUAAAAACGCGUCAUAUUGAAAAUUUAUUUGAAUUUCGUUAUUCAUUAUUAGAUUUACAAAAUCAAAUGUCAAAUAAAUAUGAUGGAAUUACAUAUCAUGGUACAAAAAUGCAUGAAGAAGAAUUAAAAAAAUAUUUAUCAAAAUUAAAUAAUUUAAUUUCAUUUGGUGCUUUUUUAUCAACAUCUCGUGAUAAAAAUGUGGCUUUAACAUUUACUCAUAUUCAUUUAUUAGAAUAUGAGUUUACAAUGAAAUCAAUUUUAUAUGAAAUUCAUUCUGAUCCAACUGUUGAAACAAAAACUAUUAUAAAUGAUGAUGAAGUUAUAUUUGAUAUAUCAACCGUAUUUAAAAUAGUUCAAAUUAAUAUCAAUAGUUCAUUAAUAACAAUUGUUUUAUAUACAACUAAUGAACAUGAAGAAUUAAUUAAUUAUUAUUAUAAUAUUGCUAAAAAACAAAUGUUUGUUAAAACAUCAAAAUUAUUACUUGGACGUUUAAUGUGUUAUUUAGGUGAAUAUAAAAAAGCGGAUAUUUAUGUAAAACAAAUUUUUAAUACAUUAUAUGAUGAACAAGAAAAUAUAGCCGCUUUUUAUUAUGAUAUAGCAUCGAAUUAUUAUUCUAAUUCAGAAUAUAAUGAAGCAUUAAAUAACUAUACAUUGUUACUAAAAUAUACUCAUGAUAAUGGAUUAAUUAGUCAAUCAAUGAAAUAUAUUGGUAAUAUUUAUUUUGAAUAUAAUAAUUAUUUAAAAGCUAUUGAAUUUUAUAAACAAUCUCUUGAUAUACAAAUACAAAUAUUAAAACCAAAUUUUUCAUUUAUAGCUAAUUGUUAUUCUGCAUUAGGUAUGCUCUAUCAAAAAUUGAAUCAUUUUGAACAAGCAUUAAAAAAUUAUGAAAAUGCAUUGGAAAUUUAUGCAAAACAAUUUGAUGAAGAAGCACUUGCAAAUUGUUGUUUGGACAAAGGAUCAGUCUAUGAAAAAAUGGAACAAUAUGAUUUAGCAUUACAUCAAUAUCAGAAAGCAUUAGAUAUUAGAAUUAAAUUAUUACCACCUACAUAUCAAGAUAUUGGCAUCAUUUAUGAAAAUAUGGGACAUGUAUAUCGUAGACAAAAUCAAGACAAAUUAGCUUUAGAAUAUUUUUUAAAAACGUUGUAUACACAGAAAAAGAGUUUAGAUUCGAAUCAUCCAGACAUUGCACGAACUAUAUUUGAUAUCGAUAGUAUUUACCGUGAAAAUAAUGAUCCUGACACAUGUGUUGAACAGCAUGAAAUAUGUUGGUUAACAAUCAUUUUUUUACAUUCAAAAAAGCUGACAUUACACUUGAAUGAAUUAUUUAACGAUCAAAACAAUCACGUUCGUUUUUUCGAUGAUCUACAAAAUUGUUUUGAAUCAAUUCGUAUGAAUCCAAAUCAAAAAUUGAUUAUAAUUCUCUCAGAAUAUUUUGCUUCAUCUGAUACAUUACUUGAAUUAGAGAAAUUGGAUCAGAUACAUUUGAUUUAUAUUUGUUUAGAUGAUAUAUGUCAACUUGAUUAUUUCAAAUUAUUAGCACUAGACUAUAAGAAAAUACAACAUGUAAUCUGUGAUAAAGACAACGACCUUGAAUUUCAUCUAACUGAAGAUUUUUUAACCUUUUAUCGACAGCUGGGUAAUCAGUUCGCUCUUCAACAUGACUAUAGUCGAGCAGAGUAUUGCUAUAAACAAGCUCAAAAAUAUUUGCAAUCACUUUCGGAUAGAAUGAUUGUUGAGUAA